AUGAAGAAUGGAUCAUGUUCAAAGUUCUAUCCUAAAGAGUUUAGACAGCGAACAUUCAUUGAUGAGGCCGGAUUUUCUAAAUAUAGGCGUACUAAUAACGGUCGAACAGUGAAGAAAAGGGAAUGUGUACUAGACAAUAAGUUCAUUAUUUCGUAUAAUCUAGAAUUGUUGCUCAAGUUCGGGUGCCACAUAAAUGUGGAAUACACAUGCCAAACAAGUUCUAUUAAGUAUCUGUUUAAGUAUGUACACAAGGGUAAUGACCGCGUAACAGCUACUCUAUACAAUGCUGGUGAUCCGUCAGAAGCCACACAAGUUGUUGACGAAAUUAGGAAUUACUACGAUUGUAGGUACAUUUCGGCAUGUAAGGCAGUCUGGCGUCUAUUUGGAUACGAAAUCCAAGAGAAAGAACCAUUUGUGAUUAGACUUCCAUUACAUUUGGUGGAUGAGCAACCUGUGGUUUAUGGUGAAACUUCUAAUAUGAAUGAUAUCGUCGAAAGAGCAAUAUCUCAUAAGUCCAUAUUUUUGGGAUGGAUGGCGGCGAACAUGUCAUAUUUCUAUGCUCGAAGUCUGACUUAUGCUGAGUUUCCAACCAAGUUUGUUUGGAAGGACGAUUCUUCAAAGUGGUUUCCUCGAAAGAAAGGCUUCGCAAUUGGAAUACUCAUGUACCUACAGAGAGGAUGUAUGAGUUUUCGAGAUAUAAGAACAGUAGGAGGAACAAUUUAUGCUAUGUAUAGAGAUGCAUGCUUCGCCCUUGAACUCUUGCAAGAUGACAAAGAAUUCAUUGAUGCAAUUAAGGAAGCAAGCUCAUGGGCCUUAGGAUCAUAUAGAGCUGUAAUGAACAUGAGGGAGUUAACAAUGUCAGAUGAUGAGAUUAAGCAGUUGUGCUUAAUGGAUAUAGACAAGAUCUUACAUUCCUAUGGUAAAACCUUGAAAGACUAUCCUCCAAUGCCUUUAGCAACUGAAGUUGAUAGUUCUUUGUUAACCGAAAGGGUUAUUAGGGAAGAGCUAAACUUUAACAAGGAUGAUUUAAAGAAAAAUGCCUCAGACAUAUUAGCCAUCGCAACACCUGAGCAGAGAUAUGCAUUCGAUAAAAUUGUUACAGCUGUGUAUUGUGAUGAAGGGGGAAGAACGGCACACUCAAGGUUCAAAAUACCGCUGAAUAUAACUGAGGAUUCUGUAUGUAACAUCAAACCUGGUUCCCCUCAAGCAAUGUUGUUGUUGAAAGCCAAACUUAUAAUUUGGGAUGAGGCUCCAAUGGUUAGUAGGUACUGCUAUGAAGUGCCUGAUAAAUGUUUGGGUGAUAUCAUGAGGUGUUCUCCAACAUAUAGCAAAUAUUUGUCCUUUGGAGGAAAAGUGGUUGUACUAGGUGGAGACUUUAAACAAAUUCUUCCUGUCAUUUCACGAGGAUCGAGACAAGAUAUCGUUCAUUCAACCGUGAAUUCGUCUUACCUUUGGAAGUUUUGUCAGGUGCUCAAACUAACAAAAAAUAUGAGACUCUCUGUAAGGACGAUUGCUUCAGAUCAAGAUGAGACAGAGCAAUUUGAUGAGUGGUUAUUGAAAGUUAGUGAUGGUCUAAUAGGUGACAAUAUGGAUGAUUUUUUCAAAGCAAGAACUAUACUGGCUCCCACACUAGACAUCGUUAAAGAGGUCAACAACCAUCUGAUGGCUAUCAUUCCUGGAGGAGAAAAAUUAUAUCUUAGUUCGGAUUCCAUUUGUAUGGAUGAAGGGAAUAUGGAGAGUCAGCUAGAUCUCUAUGGUCCUGAAUUACUGAAUAGCAUAAAUUGCUCUGGUAACAAUGUUGGUCAUAUUGCUUUGAUUCCAAGAAUGAAUAUGGUACCAACAAAUGAAACCGUCCCAGUUAGAUUCCAACGAAGAUAUUUUCCUAUAAUAGUAUCGUUUGCCAUGACAAUUAACAAGUUUCAGGGACAAACUUUAUCUCAUGUUGGAUUGUGCUUGCCAAAACCAGUUUUUACACAUGACCAACUAUAUGUGGCACUUUCAAGAGUUAAGAGUAAGAGAGAUUUAAAAGUUUUACUUAUGAAUCAUGUAGAAAUAUCUGCAAAUUCAACCAUCAAUGUUGUUUAUAGAGAAGUCUUUGAAAAAAUAGUAUUCUAA